GCAUUUGAAAAUCAGUGGCCGUUAGGGUGUUUGGACGCGAAGGCGUAGAGUAUUGCGCGAAUACUGAACCGUCUGAGAAAUUCCAUACACAUAAGUUCGCGAUAAUACGAUAUAAGUAGUAUAUUGUAUAGGUUUAAUACGGUGGGAACAACAGUGCGUUUUAAUUCGAUGUCGAACAUCGUCGUCGUCUGAUUAAUUUUUGUCCUCGUCCGUUGUUGCGAUCACACCUUAUAGAAGAGUUUCAAGGAAGUGUGUUAAGUGAGGAAAAAUCGUGUUUAGAUUCACACGCAAUAUUGAUUAAUAUUUCCAGUUUAAUUGCAAAAAAUGAACAGUAUUGUCGUCAUAUUAUAAUCUCGUUAUAUUACUGAAGGGUUAUAUCUAGGCCAUUCACGUACAAAACACAAAGCGUAGUUAGUACAAUAAUAUAACCGCACUCAAUAAUUGUGUACAGCGGUCUAUAUAGAUGAAUAGCAAGAGAAGGUACGAUUGCGGCGUGCGGAUCGCGUUAUUAUGACCGGCGCGGCGACUCCGGUCGUAAGCGACGACGACGAGACGCGGAGGAGGAGGCGGAGGUGCGGCGUAUCCCGUCGGCGCCCGUCGGCCCAAUGCUAUCGUCACCGGCGCCGUCGUCGGCGGCGGCGAUGGCCGGCGGCGGACUGAUCGCGGUGCUGCUGGUGCUGUCGGCGUGCGCGGUGUGCGGUACACGGGCCGACUGCCCGGCGGCGUGCGAGUGCAAGUGGCGCAGCGGCAAAGAGUCGGCCAUCUGCGCGUCGGCCAACAUGACGGCCGUGCCGCGGCACUUGGACUACGGCACGCAGCUGCUCGACCUCACCGACAACCCGCUGUACAGGCUGGGCAAGGACGCGUUCGCGGACGCCGACCUGCUCAACCUGCAGAAGCUGUACAUGUCCCGGUGCCGGAUCAAGUCGCUGGACCGGUACGCGUUCCGCAAGCUCAACAACCUCGUCGAGCUGGACCUGAGCCACAACAGCAUACCGGUGGUGCCGUCGGCCGUGCUCGAGUCCGUGCCCGAACUCCGCGAGCUUCGGCUCAACGGCAACCCGAUCAUGAAGGUGCCGAACGGCGCGUUCGCGCACGUCCCGCGGCUGGUCCGGCUCGACGUGUCCGGGUGCCGCGUCGCUUUGCUCGAGUCCACCGCGUUCGCCGGUCUCGAGAACUCGCUCGAGUGGCUCCGGCUGGACAACAAUCAGCUGCGCGACGUCAAGCCGUCCACGGUCGUGUCGCUGACCCGUCUGCACGGCGUCCAGCUCAACGAUAACCCGUGGAACUGUUCGUGCAAGCUGCGGCCGCUGCGGGAGUGGAUGGCCCGGCGGAACGUGCCGUACGGCGCGCCGCCCGUGUGCAAGACGCCCGUCCGGCUGGCCCAGACGCCAUGGGACAAGCUCGAGCUGGACGACUUCGCGUGCGAACCGCACUCGGCGCCCGUGUCGGCCGUGGUGGUGGUCACCGAGGGCGACAACGCCACCGUGUCGUGCCGCAUGUACGGCGUGCCCAUACCGUCGUCCCGGUGGACGCGCAAUGACCGGCCGCUGGGACAGACCAGCCGCAGCGUGCCGGUCACCGAGGGCCGGUACACGAACCUCACCAUCGUGUCGGUGGUCGCCCAGGACGGCGGCAGUUACGCGUGCGAGCUGGAGAACCGGUCCGGUAGCUCCAGGUCCAACGUCACCGUGGUCGUGGUCAAACGGUCGCCGGAACUUGUGCUGGGCGCCGACCGGUACGCCCUGCCGGGACUCAUCGUCGGCGUCAUACUGGUCCUGUCCUUCUGCCUCAUAUUCCUGUGCGGGCUGGCCAUCCGGUCCAAAGGCAGCCCGGCCGGUUCCCACGGUAUCCCCGUUUCCGGUCCACUCGACACAGCCGCCGCGGAUGCGGACAUCGACCCGUUCGACCGGUACGAGAAGAUCGAAAUGAUCCGAGAAGACAACAAUAAGACGGUACAGCAUCACCAGCACCAACUUCCGGCGUCGUCGUCCGACAAGAACGGUCGGCCGGACCCGCCGGGUUACGCAAAGUCCGCGACGACUUCCGGUGGACUGCUUCACAGACGUCACGAAGAGCACGAGGACUAUGACGGGCUGCCGCCAAUCGACGAGCCGCCCUCAUCGACGGCACCGUCAAUCACGGACCGGCCGACCGCUCGUCCUAGCCAUCCGACAACCAACGUCCCGCACAGGCCACGUAUUUUGCCGGAUGAACCAGCGAAUGGAAAACCAAAAACUUAUUUAGAAUGUAACUUGGGUGAAGUAACGUUACAUCAUCAUGUCCUACAUAAAGAAUCUCUUCCCGCCGGCCACCUUUACACUACUGCAGCAGGGCGGCAGGAAUUGUUUAAUACGAAAAAUGUGCCUGACCUAUUGGACACAUUACUUCCAACCAAAAGCCGCCGAAUUUCGCAAACACUUCCUAGAUCGGGUAUAAGCUCAAAUAUCAGAAGGAACACCAUGUACACACCGAGACCAUCUGAGAGUCAAUCGCCUUUACUGCUAGGAAGUCGUGGCAGUGGUGGCAGUAAUACCAGUCAAAGCCAGCUAUCCUUUGAUUCGUCCAUAUCAUCUGAUCAUCCAAGGCAACUGACGGCCGGUCAGAAGUCGAGCAGUUACUUGAACCUGUCCACGACUGGCUGUGGCGGCGGGUCUUCUGGCGGCGGAUACAAUAAUUACCAACACCACUCUUCUUACUAUUGGACCCCGCCCAGCUUGCCGUCGUCGCCAGCCCGGGAACGCCGGUUGCCCGCCACGCCGGUGGGUCGCGGUGCUGGACUGCCCACCGCGACCGCCGAGACACCCAUACUCGAUCCGCUGUCGUCCAGGCGGCGAACUUACAGUGGAGGGAGCGGGGGCGGUCACCAUCACCACAACCACAACGGCGGAGGCGGUGGCAACCAGAUGCACAACCACAACCAGUUGGCCGGCAGCAACCAUUCGCUACUGUCUCUGUCCGACGGUGCGUCCGUCACGUACGACUAUCACACGGCGCAGUUGGACAUGUUCCUGGAGGAGUACAAGACCCUCCGGAAGGAGCUGACCAAGAUGCAGCGGACGUGCGACACCCUCAGACUGUCCAACGCCUCGCUGGCCUCUUCGGUGGCCGUCCCGGACAUGAUGGUCGACCACCGGUCCAAACCGGAACCGUCCGCCGCCCCCGCCCCCUCGUCGUUGAGGACCACGCCCAAGUCGAUACUCAAAAACAAGAACCAGGCCACUUACGUCUACCGGUCGGGCGGCGAGCGGCGCAACAGUUACCACCAGCUGGACCCGGCGCCCGACGACAUUUACCUGAGUUAACCUCGUAGUCCUGCUGGCCGGGCAAACCGAAAGCCCAACGUCACAUUAUAAUACAUAUUAUUAUUAUUAUUAUUUUCUUGUUAAAAUAUAAAAUUCGUGUAUAAUACACCAUAUUAUUAUGCUCGCGUUGUACCGACAUAAUCGUUUAUGUAUUUGUGAAUUUCUGUGUGUUGAUAUCUAACUCUCUAACUCCAAUGGCGCAACUAGAAGAAGGAUGGCUGCAACCUGCAGACAUUAUACCUUGUAACGAUAAUACACACUUAGUAUAGAUUUUAUUCAUUAACCCCAAACACAUGUUAACAAAAACUGUUGACAUCCAUGACCCUUCCCAAAAAAAAAAAGGAAAAAAAAUAGGAAUCCUGGUCUACUCAGUGAGUAGCCCUAGUAAUUGUAUUAACAAUUAUUACCGUUGCCCGCAGCUAGUUUGUUGUUGGUGGAACGGAAGUGACCUUAACACAAAUUGUCCGCGAGAACAUAAAAAAAAGUACGGUCGCCCAUAUAAUAAUAUAGCAAUGUUUAAAACGCCGUCGAUGAUCUAAUUUAUCCAGUCCUCAAAAGGACAUUUUUUGUAAGCGUUUCGUUUUAUAAUUAAAAUAUAAAAUAUUAAUUAGUUUGUUAAGUAAACCAACCAUGACGUUUGUAAAAUGGUUAAAACCAAAAUGAAAAUACAAUAACAUCCAUAUUUUGAUAUGGAGACAUUGUUUCUCUUACCUAUCUGAAUAUUUAAUACAAAUUAUAUUGAGUUAAUUUAAUUAAACCGUAUGAAAAGAUAACAUUUCAAAUGACAAAAGUGAACAAACAUCAUGCCGUGUAUAUAAUAAUAUUAUGUUAUCACUUAUUAUUUUAUAUCAAAAUUAUUAAAUGAUAAAUAUUUGUUCACUCGCAAUGCUUCAAUUAAUAUUAUUUCGAUUUCGUGGUAGGGCAAAUAGUUUUUUUUUUUUACUAAUAUUAUUUCAAAGAUUUCCGUUAUUAAAAACUAUAAAAAAAUCUAAAAAAUGAUUAUUUAAAAAAAAAUUUGAAACCAAUAAAAAUCAUUAAAAUCCUACUAGUGUUCUAAUUUUGCAUUUUUGAAUUUAUAUUAUAUGAACCUAUCAAACAUUUUAAAUGAUAAUAAUUAAAUAUUUAUUUUUAAAAAGUACAAUAAUCGACUUUUGAAUAUUAUUAUGAAAACAUUAUUUUUAGUACACAUUAAAAUAAUAUUUGUAACACUUAAAUUUGAACCACUAAUAAUAAAUAAGUUAUCCAAACAAUUAAAUAUAAUAUAAUAACAAAGAUGCUCAUACAUUUAAAAUGUGUUUUAUAUUUCUAAGAAUAUUUUUUUUUUAACAAAUAUUUCAAAAAUGAAUUGUUUAUUACAAUAUGCGAAUGCGGUUGUAUAGGAUGACCCAUCCAGUGGAUUUAUGCCAAAUGUCCUCUAUUAACAUCAGAAUAAAUAAAUUAAAAAAGCCAUGAGUAAACCAAGAGGGUACAAUAUCUUAUGUGCCUAUAUAAUAAAUAUAUGUAAUAAUACGUUAAGUUAUAAUUUAUUGUUAAUACUGUUAUACAUAAUUAUUUAGAAUGUUAAAUAGUUAUAUGUUAAAAAACAGAUAAUAUUAUUCCUACGUUAAAUGUUUUCAAAAAUACUAUAAUCGUUACGGAAUAACUUAAUAUUACGAUAUCAUUAUUUUAAUUAAAGAUUAUCCUAUGAAUGUAAAUUAUUACUUAUCUUACCUAAUAAAUGUAAAAAUAAUAUAAUAUUUUCAUAGAAUGUAAAUAUAGUCUUGUUAAUAACUAUUAUAAAUAAAAAAAAAUACUAUUAGUAUAGUGACAUUUAA